AUGACAACACCAACUAAACUUCAAGUUUCUCAAAUGCAAAAGAUAAACUGGGUUGCAGAAUGUUCAAAAGAUUUUGAAGUAGUAGAAAAAUUAGGAGAAGGUUCAUAUGGAUCAGUAUUUCAUGCUAUUCAUAGACCAACUGGAACACAUGCUGCAGUUAAAACAGUUAGAAUUGAUGGAGAUACUACUGAUGUAGAGAAAGAGAUUGUUUUAAUGAAACAAUGUGAUACUGAUUAUAUUGUUAGAUUUUUUGGUCAUUUCUUUGUAGAUAAAGAUUUAUGGAUUGUAAUGGAAAUUUGUGGAGCAGGAAGUGUGUGUGAUAUUAUGCAUAUAUUAAAUGCAACAUUAGAUGAAAGAGAAAUUCAAAUUAUAUUAAAAGAUACAUUACAUGGUCUUGCAUAUCUUCAUAAAAUGCAUAUGAUUCAUCGAGAUAUUAAAGCAGCAAAUAUUUUAGUUAGUGAUGAUGGAGUAUGUAAAUUAGCUGAUUUUGGAGUGUCAACAAAGAUGGGUGGAACAAAUAAAUUACAAAAAACAUUAAUUGGUACUCCUUAUUGGAUGGCACCAGAAGUUAUUUUAGAAAGUGGACAUAAUGAAAAAGCUGAUAUUUGGUCAGUUGGUAUAACUGCAAUUGAAAUGUUUGAUGGAAGACCACCACAUUCAGAACUUCAUGCUAUGAGAGCAAUUUUCUUAAUUCCUAAUAGACCACCACCUACUUUAAGUACACCUGAAGAAGUAUCUAAAGCAUUUAAUGAUUUUAUUGCUUUGUGUUGUGUAAAAAAUUUUAGAGAACGACCAUCUGCUUUAGAAUUAUUAAAAUGUGAUUUUAUGAAACCUAAUGGAAAUCGUAAAAGAAUUACUGAUUUAAUCGAAAAAGAAAAUGAAGUAAUUGCUGAAUUUGGUUCUAGAAAGAAAGCUCUUGAACAAGGAGAAGAUGAUGAUGAUGAUGAGGGAGAAGAUGAUGAUGAUACUGAAGAAGAAGAAGAUGAUGAUGAUACUGAAGAAGAGGAAGAAGAUGAUACUGAAGAAGAUGACAGUGAUGAUGGAGAUGAUACAAUGGUUAUUAGAAAAUAA